AUGACCAUGAGAUUACUCUUCCUCUUGAUGAUAGAAUGUUUCUUGCACCAAGUAAAGGGCCGACAGUGUAGCACGACUGGCACCAAGGGAAUAGCUCCCUGCCAGUGCAACUUUAUGGAUGCCUGUGAUGCACAAGGAAACUCGAAACCCAACUUAGCACAAUACUUGCCAAAAGGUGUGGAUCGGUUCGGGUUUUUCGAGCAAGGACGACGAAACCUGGCGUAUUUGUGUGAAGGUGGUAAUGCGGUGGGCAUUCUGUACGACUGCAAUAAUCGAAUUCCUCUCUAUGCAGCCACCGUGAUAAAUGGGGCCCAGUUAUCAGGAAAGAGCCUCGGGGGUCGACCAAGCAUUAAAUUUUCUCAAAGCACCCUACUCCAAACGAAAUUUCAACAAAAAAAUGCAGAUUAUGUACGCGCUACAAAGCGGGAACUUUGCUAUAAACGAAAAGGAAAACAACGACAGCAAGACAAGUACGUCAUUGACGAGAACUGGUUAAAAGCAAGUGGAUUUAGAAAACGUCUCAGGAAUGAUGACUGUCCUAAACCACCGCUGUUCAAAACAGCAGUUCACCGCGGGCACUUGAUUGCCUCACAAUACGGCCGCAACAAUCAAGCGAAGAAAAGAGCAACUUUCACAUACACUAAUGCUGUCCCUCAGUUUGGACUGUUCAAUUCGCAGCCUUGGCAAGUCUGUGAGAGCCAACUCAUUACAUGGGGAAAUCAAAACUGUGCUCAGGUCAGAGGAGCAACGAAUGUUCAGUUAUUUAUCGUAGUUGGUGCUAUCCCAUCGACAGUACGUCAAUCGAAGGAUUGGCGAUAUUUUGGCAAAGGGGGAUUCAGCGACUUCGAAGACACCAAAGGCGAUUACCGGGUGAACGUGCCUAGAGAUUUGUGGACUGCUGCCUGCUGUACUUACAAACAUCAAGGAUCGUUGAAAUAUCGCAGCACGGCCUUCUGGAGAGAAAACAAUCCGGGAAACGCGCCAUGUAAAAGAACAGACGUGGGCGGCUUGACGAGAGAGUUGUCCAAACGGAUUUCCCGUGGGACUGUGAGUUUCAAUCUAUUUCCGACUACAUCCGAGUGCAACUGGAAGGCAAAUUAUAUCCGUCUGCCGUGA